UGGAAAGACACUCCUAUCUGAAUUCCGUGGAGAUGCGAUUGCCUUGAAGACUACCGAUCUAUCGAAAGCUCCACCAUAUAUCUUGGAAGAAAUGCAGAAGGAAGUCAAGAUCUAUAAAGUCCUUGCUGACAUUCAAGGGGAAUACAUUCCAAAGUUGGUGUGUUAUGGCUACUAUGGAAGUGGGAUGUGCUUUGUUAUUGGUACAACUCUUGUUGGUACUAUGUUAAGUGAUCAUAAGAAGAUAACGGAACGGCAAAGGAUUAAGGCUCUUAAGGCACUAAAGGCAAUCCACGAUCAUGGCGUACUUCACAACGACAUUCGAGAGGAAAAUAUUUUGCUUGAUGAUAAUGCCGACGGUGUGUACCUGAUCGACUUUGGGAUGGCGAGUCAACCUGAUGCAAAGAAAAAAAGGAAGUGGUUCGAUAAAGAGGAACUUAAAUUGUCUCAUUUGCUAGAUCGUUAUACUGU